GCAAAUAUAAAAUGAGAUCACCGGCUGGAGACUUACAGUAUAUUGCGUGCUGCCCGGGACGGCUGCUGCUUGCUUGCGUGGGUCCCCUUAUUCGGAAGCACCGCAACUUCCUCGGAAUAGUGUCAGCUGUGAUGUUCGCCAGGAAUUGGAUACAGUUUUUGUUGCUCUUGACACUAAUAUUUUUCCUGAUAUUCACCGUCUCCGUGGCCGAUGACGGACCCGAUGAAGAGAAUGAGAGCGCGGGGCCGAAGCUGGAGACGCGAUGCGCGCGUCGGUACCGGAAGAUGAUGAUGAUGAACGGGAACGGAAACGGAAACGGAAACGGGCAGCCGAACCCGGCGACGGAGGCCGCCCUCGCAUCCGCGCUCACCUCCAACGUCUGCGCCGACUACGACCCCACCGCCUUCUUCCCGUACUUCAGCCUGGGCUACUACAGGGCCCUCGGCCGCUGUAAGGCCGCCGCCCAGUACCUCUUCAUGUCCAACAUCAAGCGACCCGACGACUGCCAGCGGUUCUACGGCGUCCGCUGCGGCCAAGACCCACAAGGGAAUCCGGUCUGCUUGAUAAAAACACUCGUGGAUUUCUUCAUGUACGACGAGAAACCGCUCGCCUACUGCGCUCAGUUCUUCCAGCCCACCAUCCCCAACCAGAAUCAAAACAAUCAAAACCAGAACCAAAACAAUCAAAACCAGAAUCCGAACAAUCAAAACCAGAAUCAGAACAACCAGAAUCAGAACAACCCGAAUCAGAACCCGAAUCAGCCAUUCAUCCCGAGACCGCCAACCCCGGCCGACGAGAAAAACCAAAACAAUCAGAACAACUUUUCUCCUGCUAUCCCUAAUCCUCUCAACCCACCUAACCCUCUCAACCCUCCCAACCCUCUCAACCCUCAAAACCCUCUAAACCCUCUAAAUCCUCAAAACCCUCUCAACCCUCAAAACCCUCUCAACCCUCAGGGCCCAGUCCCGGUGUUCCCGGAUAAUAACGGGAAUAAUAGCCCCCAACCGACGCCGAAUAAUCCUGUGAGCCCUGACGGGAAGCAGCCGACCCCUUUCCCGAUUUCUCCGACAAGAAGUAUUCGUUCUGCGGUGGGAUUCGAUCCCACGACUGAGUACGAUCCCGAGAUACUCCGCCAAAAUCAGUUCAGAGCAAAUUAAGGAGGCAGCUCCAUGCGGGCGUUUUUAUGUGAGUGCUCCAAAUGGCAUUAUAGGCCUCCAGAGGGCUGACUGUUGAAAUUGACAGACAAUGCGAUGGACGUGGAAAAAAGUGGAUGUUACCGGAGCAUGUAUAAUGUUGAAAAAAUGUGUUAAAAAAAACAAAGUAGUGAGGCAGCUCCAUGCGUGCGUUUUUAUGUGAGUGCUCCAAAUGACAUUCCGCAUUAUAUAUAGGUCCGGAGGGCUGAUUGUUGAAAUUGAUAGACAAUGCGAUGGAAAUGUAUAAUGUUAAAAAAAUGUGCGAAAAGUAUCGUUGCUGAUUUCACAAUUAAAAAAUGCUAAGUUGACUACGUCCACACUUAAAGGAACAAAUUCAAUGUUGAGUUAAUAUUUUUUUUCAAUGUCAAAUCAGCAUUUGAUAUUGUCGCACUUUUUUUUAACAGUGUAAAUGCUAAAUCAACAUUCAAAUAUUUUCCGUGGAUAAGGAAGACUUAGGAAUUAUAAAGCAAUCUUAUUGGUUGAAACGGUUGGUUCCAUCAGACUAAGAAGAAAAUGAUGGAAUAACUAUAGGGUCUCUCAUGGGUUGUGAUUAGUUAGUCUACUAUCUACCUCCUUUGUCCAUUCAAACCACCCGCUUCCACCAAUCGGAACCCUCUAAAUCCCUUUUGUCUUCUUUGUCUAGCGCUUUGUCUAUCAGUUUCAACAAUUAGCCCGCUGGAUAUCAACUGGACCCGGUUCAGCAGAAGAGAACCGAGCCACAUCAGGUAUUGCUAAAUUCAAUUGGGCAAUUUAACUAUUUACAGGAGAGCGUUUGUGCGGAUUCUUUCGAAAAUUUUACAGAAUUUGCUUCGUAUUAUGCAGAAAAUUCACCGAAAUUUGCACGAAAAUCCGCACAACCGUUAUCAUGUGAAAAAAAUCAAUUGUUCGAUUAUACUUAGCAAUAGCUGAUUUUGCUUGGUUCCUUUCCGAUUAACGCGGUCAAAAUUCUAAUAGCUCUUUUCUCUGCCCAGUGAUUUUUACAAUGAAUUGUUCACUACAUCACAUUGUCCCGAACAGCAAAAACUGUUUAAAUACUUUUAAAAAAACUUGUGAUUUCAAUACAGACAACGGUGUAAAAAUGAUGAAAUGCUCAUAUUGGGAAACCCCUCUGAGAUAUUUUUUGAGGUAAAAUUUACAAAUGGUGAAAAUGUGUUGAGAAAAAUUUCUUAAAAUAUUAAUUGUAAUCUUUUUACCCUACAAAUAUUUGAAGAUAAACAUGAGAAAACUAUUAAAACAGUAGUAAUUUUUCGUCGAGACUUUCUGCGGGUAAAUUUUACGAGGGGUUAAAUUUGACAAAAUAAUUGUCAAAAAGGGUUUUUUAGAUCAAGUAUAUCAACAGAAUUUCAGUUAGUUUUUAAUAUUGCCUCUUUUAAGUUAUUUCUUUUAGGGGGUUUGAUGACUGGACCUCAGUUUGAAGUUUGGAAUUACAAUAUCUGGCUCAAUUUAGAAACAACGUAUGAACCGUUAGUUUCCCAUGCAUAUAAGUGUUUUUGUAGAUGAGCCGGAGAUUGCAGUUCCUAAUUGCAAAAUGUCGUCCAACUGUGGGACCGGUAGCAUGAGUGAUCUGUCGCAGAGUCAUUUUGAUUGCAUUUUGCGAUUUGAACUACUGUCUCUAGACCAGUGAAGAAUAAACGUAUGUGCCAACAUUUCUCCUAUUUAUACGUGAUUCGAUAAAUGCACUAGAUAUGGUGCUUCCUCAUUGUAAAAUGUAAUUUAUUUAUGAAAUAUUGUCCAGAGGUGAUUACUCAAAAGCCAAA